GCUUAACAACUCCACAGUCCGGCACCAGGCAGGAAACAUUACAAACACACCGGCUGCUGCUGCUGUACAAUGUGGCCCCUUCUACUUUAAAGGCAAACACGUUUUUCCUCUCAGUCAUGCACGUUUUAACAUUUCCCCUUUAAGAGAGCUCAACCUGUUGCUCGUAUCUGACACUUGUUGGACACUUUCUCCUCAAUGGGUUGAAGAAGAUGAAGAAGAAGAAGACGCUUUGGGAGGGAAAUAACGGUUUGCGACGUUAGCCGUUAGCUAACCAGCAACAGGUCCAAUCGGUAAUGGAGCGCGCGACUUUUUCAAAAUACUCCUGGGUCGACUUCUCCUUCUCUGUGAUCGGGGUCUGCACCUUCUUGGUGGACUGGGGCUCGGACAUUUGGGUUGCCACCGAGUUCUACGGUCGAGGGGACUUUUUCUGGUUCGGGGUGCUGGUUGGCCUCAUGGUGCUGUCGUCUGUCGUGGUCCAGAUGUUCAGCUGGUUCUGGCUGAAGUAUGACCGGGAGCUGCCCGGGUUCAGCGCGCUGACCGAGGGAGGAACCGUGCUGUUCGGGGACCGAGUGAAGCUGUCCUGCCUGAUUCAUGUGCUGCAGCUGGGGUUCCUUUGCAGGCACAUCUCAGCCAUACGCCAAGGCUUCAGGGUCUGGUGGCGGAAAGCGGAAGGCUCAGAGUACGCUGUUUACCUGACCCAUGACCUCAGUAUGCUCCGGCUUAUUGAGACCUUCUGCGAGAGCGCUCCUCAGCUCACCCUGAUGAUCUAUGUCAUGCUGUGCACAAACAAGGCCAGGACUGUACAGUUUGUGAGUAUCGCUGCGUCGACCACGUCCAUAGCCUGGAUGGUGGUGGAUUACCACCGCUCGCUGCGUUCCUUCCUCCCAGACAAGGCCAAGCAGGGCUGGGGUUCCUCUUUAAUCUACUUCUUGUGGAACCUGCUGCUCAUCGCCCCACGUGUCGCAGUCCUCGCCCUUUUUGCCUCUGUCCUGCCCGUCUGCAUAGCCGCCCACUUCCUCAUGCUGUGGAUCGUCUUUGUGUUGUGGGCGUGGCGACAGAGAACAGACUUCAUGGACAGCAGCAGCGGUGAAUGGCUCUACCGGGCCACCGUAGGGCUCAUUUGGUACUUCAGCUGGUUUAAUGUAGCGGAGGGUCGCACCAGAGCCAGGAGCAUCAUCUACCACUCCUUCAUCACCACUGAUGGAGUGAUCCUGCUGGUGACCUGGUGGUGCUAUAGGGACCCCGUGCAGACUGAGUCGUACAGCCUCGCUCUCUUCAUCGCUCUGCCUUUCACCUACCUCCUCGGGCUGCUCUUCAAAACCCUCUACUACUGCUGCUUCCACCCCAAGCUGUGGAGGCCCCCUACGAGGGACCCCGGGCUGCCAAACGAUCUGCCUGACGCAGAAGUGACCUUUAGAGACUUUUCCAUCCAGGACGGCGCCAUGUCCUCACAGCUCCUCAACAAAAGAAUGGCUUACCAUGCUUCUCAUUUUUUCUCAAAGCAAGAAGUCUGUAGAAAAACGGAUAAGGAGGAGUCGACACAUGUUUGAUGUCUGACUUUGUUUGUGUCACAGCCGAGUGUUGAGGGCUGAUAAAUGUUACCUUACGUGAUGGUGGAAGAAUGUUACUGCCUCUUUCUAGAGUGUCACCUGUUGUGCUGCAAUUUCACCACAUGCCCAGUAUACUUUGAAGAAAAACACUCAAACUAGAUUUUAAACUAAGAGUGGGAAUAUAAGUAUUAACCCUUUAACAUCAGUGCAUGUAAUGGGAUAUGGACCAUUCCUGAAAUCCCUUUGACUAAUCAGAAGAAGGAAGAAAGCUUGACAAAUCUAGACUCUCUCACAGUGGAUGAACCUAGCACAUACACAUUUACAACCUCAAAUGAUCAUCUGUAUAAUGAACAGCUGACUCUGUAUUAACUGUAUCUGGAUGUUCCUGUUUUUGUGUUCUAGAGGCGUCCAUCAUCAUAUUUUCAAAUACCACUCAAACUGGAGUCAUUUGUCAAAGUGAUUUUAUAAACGAAGUGUUAGUUUGAUACAUUUUCUACAAAACAAAUCCUCUAUUUUCAUACCGGUGCACAUGGAGUCAUUUCAUAUGAAGUAAAAUGUAAAAAAAUAUGACUUUAUGGGUUUGUUGUUGCUGUUGUUUGCGCGCCUUGUAUUUUUAUUUUCACAAUGUACACUUGCAGGGAUCGAGAAACUAACACUGUUUCUUUUCACAUCAAUUAUCUGUUCUAAAAAUAAUGAUCAUGACAAUCACGGUUAUAAUGUGGGCAAGAAAGCGGGUUUGGUAAAUCUAAAAAUGUUCUAAUUUUUCUAAAUUAGUUAAAAAAUGUUGGAUUUUAAUGGUUUUUCCGUGAUAUCAAAGGCCAUCAAAAUGUGUGUGUGUUGUGUUUUCAGGUACUGUUACAGAAGCUAACACUGGAAGCUAUUUGAAGGACUUUGAAUGUAACACAAAGCUCUCCUUUUAUGUGUUGUUACUGUUCCAAACAGCUUUAUUUUUAAGACCACUUUACAAGUGCUAGCUUUUAUAAACAUGAUAUUUAUACUGUAAGACAAGUUCACUUCAUACUGACAUGACAUGACAGUAGCCUUAGGUGUCAGAGAGUUCAACACUAGUGCUGUUUUCACUUCUUCAUCGUAUGUUUGUUCAGCUUGUUCCAAUGUUGUCAAGCGUCUCUGUUUACCGAGUAUCAGGUCUGACUUUCAGAAGUCUCUUUCUAGAGUACGUUUACGAUAAAUCAGUCUGUAAAGUGUUUGUUUUGUAUCAAUACGGUCCAUUGUGUGACUGAGUGUUGCAGAGCCAUUUCUUUGAAUCUGCUGAAACCAAAAGUCAAGGUCAGGGCUGGUUGUUAAUCUUUACCUCAUUUGCCAUGUGCAAUUAUUAAAGUGGUAACACUGCUGUA